AUGGAUCCUACCCCACCACCAUCACCAGAUACUAUAAACUCCAAAAACUCCAUAAGCUCAAUAGACAGGCUUAACUUGAAUGAUUUGCACACGAUCUUCUGUGACUAUGGUAAAAAGAUAGUUGAGCAACAAGGUCAAGUCGAGUGUAUGAAGGGGGAGAUGGGUCGAGAUUACCUUCAUUUCAGGGUGGAUGUCCUCAACAUGCCGCAAAGGUCCGACCAUGUUGAGAAGCUAACUUUCGAUGGAUCCAUGAACAUGAUAAGCAGUAGAAAAGAUUAUGAAUAUGUUGUUGUUUGCCACCACCUCGAACCUGCUGCUGGUGAAACCACCGAUCGAUGCUACCUCACUGUCGACGAAGGCAAUCAUCGUGCUUGUCAGGAAGAAGUGGUUGAAAGAAGAACCACAACGUCACUGCCGUUGUUCCUGUCGGAGACUGUGUGCCUUCCUCGUCUCCAUCUCUUGUUGUCGGUGCACCGCUGCCGCCGCCACCUCCCCCGCCAUAAUCACUCCUCCUCCAUCUUCUGGCCGUCUUCGCUUCGUCAGUACUACGUCUCAGCUCCGUUUGCGUCGCCACUAACCGUUCCUGUUGAAGACAAAGUUGUCGUCGGACGCUAG